AUGGGGAGCCUAGAUAACUCGGCGGUGGAUGAAAACCCGCCCAGCGAAUAUACGAAACGGGCCUGGCUCGUUAUCAUAGGAGCAACUGUUGGAGCUUUCUGCACGGUCGGCUUCGUCAACUCGUUCGCGGUCUUCGAAGAACACUAUGCAAAGAACCAACUAGCCGACGAAUCACAAUCGACGAUCGCAUGGCUAGGCGCGAUUGCCAUCUUCUUCGUUUUCUCUGUAUCGGUGAUAUCUGGCCCUAUUCAAGAUGCGUUUGGUCCUAGGUGGCCUGUGUUGAUCGGUUCUGUAGGGGUGGUCUUGUCUCUUAUGAUGACCUCCCUGUGCAAGGAGUUUUAUCAAUUCAUCCUGGCCCAGGGUGUUCUCCUUGGGAUGUCUAUGGCGCUGCUAGUAUGUCCUGUACUCGCACUUGUCGGCCAAUAUAUCAAGGUCAAGCGUGCCAUCGCGAUGGCGAUUGUGAUUUCAGGCUCCUCCUUGGGAGGCGUGGUGUGGCCCAUCGUCCUUACCCAGCUGAUGAAAAGGCCCAAUAUUGGAUUCGGCUGGACCAUGCGAAUUGCCGGGUUCAUUAUGAUUCCUUUCCUGACUCUCACCUGCCUGUGGUGUCGUCCGCCGCUGGAGACUUCCUCGCCCGCUGUGCAGAAAUCCAGCUCCGAUGACAACGAAUCGAAAGGGCAAGAGAAAGACACUCCCGAGAAGACAGAUUAUUCAUUCCUCCGAAAGCCGUCUGUGGUUCUCACCUGCGUCGCGUUCUUCAUCAUUUACUUCGGCAUGUUCUCGCCUUUCUUCUAUACCACCUCGUACUCUGUUGAGAAGGGGUUCUCUUCCGACCUUGCAUUCUACACAACUUCUAUCAUCAACGGCGCCUCGUUCUUCGGUCGUCUUCUUCCCGGUCUUCUUGCAGACCGCUAUGGCAAGUUCAACUGCUGCGUCGUCGCCACUUUCUUAUCCGGGAUCAUUGCUUUGUGCUGGACCAAGGCGACGUCUGUGGCAGGGUUGGUCAUUUUCGCCGCUGCGUAUGGAUUCACUUCCGGCGGGAUUCUAUCCCUUCAGCAAGCCUGCGCCGCACAAAUCGCCACUCCACGGACGCUCGGGCUUACGAUCGGUGUCGUCAUGGCGUCUACAUCCCUUUCAGCAAUGGCAGGCGUCCCCAUCAGCGGUGAACUAGCCGGAAAAUACGGCUACCUUCCCCUCUCGAUAUACUCGGGGGUCAGUCUCCUUGUUGGCAGCUUGCUUCUCAUUGCUGCCCGACUAGCACAGAACAAAAGUUUGUAUGCUGCUGUUUAA